GUUCUAUAUAAACUCCGCUCUCAAAAAAUCCUACUAAUACUCUGAGUCAUCUCACCGGUUAUUAGUACUACCUACUACUACUUGCGCUCAUAUCGAUCCUUGACAUGCCUGACUUCUCAAACGCAGUCGUCAGUCUUGGGUCUGGCCUCUGGAAGAGGGCAACAGCCACGGGCCAGGGCGGCUUAUUGUCAGGCAUAGAUCCUUCAUCCUUCACCACUUCAGAUCCUCUGAGGCUAUGGAUUAUACAAAUGGGUAUAAUUAUCAUGAUGGGGCAGCUGCUAUCACUUGGUUUGGGAAAAAUAAAACAGCCUAAAGUCAUCGCUGAAGUCCUUGGUGGAAUUCUCCUUGGUCCAACUGCAAUGGGACGAAUACCUGGUUUCACCCAGCACAUCUUCCCCGCUCAAUCCCUCCCCUAUCUCUCACUCGUUGCCAACAUUGGCCUCUGCCUCUUUCUCUUCAUAGUCGGUCUUGAAAUAGACGCCACCGUCAUCAAGCGUAGUGUUCGCUCAUCUUUGUUCAUCGCUCUCUCGGCCAUGGCUUUGUCAUUUGGUCUCGGUGCUGGCAUCUCUGUGCCACUCUACCACAACUUCAUUCCUUCUUCCGUCAAGUUCACGUACUUCAUGCUUUUUACCGGCGUGUCAUUCUCUAUCACCGCUUUUCCCGUCCUUUGUCGCAUCCUCACCGCACUAAAGCUCCUAGACACAACCGUCGGCAUCGUUGUCCUGUCAGCUGGCGUGUGCAAUGAUGUCGUCGGCUGGAGUCUGCUGGCACUAGCUGUGGCCCUCGUCAAUGCGACCUCCGGCCUUACAGCUCUAUGGAUUUUGUUGACAUGCCUGGCAUUCGUAAUAUUUCUCAUGUGGCCCGUUAGAAUCGCGCUGCUGUGGUUUGCUAGGUUCACCGGAAGUACGGAGAAUGGACCCACUAUGUUCUUCAUGACAGUUACCACACUAUUAUUCUGGGCAUGUUCGUUCUUCACGGAUAUUGUGGGCGUAAAUGCUAUCUUCGGGGCGUUCCUGGCAGGGCUCAUCGUUCCCCGCGAAGGCGGUCUUGCUAUCGCACUAACGGAGAAGCUCGAAGAUAUGGUAACAAUCAUGUUUUUGCCUCUGUACUUCACACUCUCUGGCUUAAAUACUAACCUUGGAUUGCUUAACAACGGUAUCACUUGGGGAUUCACCUUCGCAAUUAUAUGCCUGGACUUUUCUGGAAAAUUCACUGCAUGUACGAUCACCGCACGGAUAAUCGGAAUGAGUUGGCGAGAGUCAAGCACCGUCGGAUCAUUGAUGAGUUGCAAAGGUCUCGUCGAAUUGAUCGUGCUCAACAUUGGGCUCAAUGCCGGUAUUCUCACCCCAACGGUGUUCUCGAUGUUCGUCUUCGAAGCGUUGAUCCUCACGUUCAUGACUACACCCCUCGUGUCUCUACUUUAUCCUCCCGAACGCCGGACUCUUGCAGUAGUUGGAGGUGUUUCACGGGCGUCACCUGGAGAUUUAGACGAAGACAAGAGCGAUCGUAAGUUUCCUAUGACUGAGGAUCAACCAUGGCGCUCCCGCUUCACUGUUGUCCUCGACAAAUUCGAUCACAUGUCCGGGAUGUUGGUGGCCACUCAACUGGUGUGCCCGCCCUCUCUUGAAUCAUCUUCUGCCGUCCAAUCAACUAUGUCGACGAGGAUAUCUGACAAGAUGAAAAUGUCUGGGUUCAGCGUGGAUACUCUUCGUUUGAUUGAGCUGUCGGACCGUACCUCGGACGUCAUGAAGUCCUCAGCGGUUGAUACCCUCAUCCACACUGACCCGCUCCUGAGUGUGUUCCGCACAUUCGGGGAACUCAAUGAUAUACCGGUUUCACUCUCGCUUUCAGUUGUCCCUUAUGACGACAUGCCGGGUACUGUGGCCCAUCAUGCCAAACGAUACGGAUCCCAGCUCGUCCUCUUGCCGUGGCUAUCGCCAUCGUCCAACUUCGGCAAUACAAGUGAAGACCUGUCUGGCCCGCAUAACCCAUUCGAAUCAUUUUUUGGCGGAUCAAAACACACUGGCAAGUCCGCAACCACGAUUCAUUCACAGUUCGUGCGCAGAAUAUUCGCGGAGAGCAAGGCGGAUGUUGCGCUGUUCAUCGAUCCAGCCGGCACCGGCACUGGUAGUGCGCGGCAUAUAUUUUGCCCAUUUUUCGGCGGCCCAGAUGAUCGGCUUGCGCUCGAGUUCGUGGUGCAGCUUUGUACUAAUCCCAGAAUGAGUGCGACGGUUGUGAGGAUGUCAAAAAGUAGCACUGAGACCGCUGCGGUUGAAAGGCCGUCGCUCGUACAUCUAGAUGGGAAAGAAAGUUUAGAUAUGCCGGAUCUAGCGUACCAAAUGCCUGUCGCUUCGAAUCUUGCUUUUCCAGACACAGUUUAUGGCCAGACCAACACGGAAAUGCGGUUUCAAUCCGAGACAGCUAAUAAUUUCCUGUGGGGGCGAUACGCCAACUCUCAACUCCCGUAUGACGCACCCUCCUCGCUGAGAGCUGCUCUUUCCCGGAUCAAAUUCUCCGAGUUAUCAUCACCGUUACCGCUACAUUCUGCCAUCCAGUUUGCAUCUGCGCAUAAGCCUGUUUUGAUAGUGGUAGGGCGCUCACGGCGCCUCGCGGGGGAGGAUCACACGUCAGAGCUGCACCAGAUCCUCAAGGAGCGGGGUAGCGUGGGACAAGAUGUCAUUAGAAAGACUAUCGGUGAUCCUGCAACUGCGUUUGUUGCCUCGGGGUGUGCGACUGCCGUCGUGGUUCUCCAGGCUUCGAAUGUUGAUAUUUGACGUCAAAUCUGUAUCUGAGAUAAUUGAUUAUUAUCUU